AUGACCUCCUCCUACGCCGAUUGCGUAGCUUGUCUGCGGACCUCGCUCUCCUACCUCGAAUCCUCCGUCGAGACAUUGGAGGAUGGCAUUUCGGAUUUCCCAAGGCUGGGCGGUGUCUUGAAGACACACUAUGAACUUAUCCCCCAGUCCACUCUCGCAGCAGCGGAGUCUUCACUUCGUGAUGAGAUAGGGCCUCAUAUCGCCCUUCUCCUGUCCCGCGCCGACGCCCAAAUAGAGCGACAGGAACGCCGCAUUGAGACGCUAAAAGCACGCGCCGAACUGCAGCAGGGUAGACUGGCCGAUGACGGGAGUGCGUCCUACAGCAAGGCCAAGAAGGCGAAAGGACGCAUCUUGAGUGGCGAGGACAAACUACGCGCGAAAGCGGUGCGUCAGAGAAAAGAGGCAGCGCGGUACGGCGUUGAGAGACUAGAGUUGCAGGUACUGCAGAAGGAGAGGGAGCUGAGAAAACGCUUGGAUGAGGAUGGACGACAAUAG